AUGGCAGGAGAUUCGUUUUUAUCCGACCCUUCAAAGAAAAGAAAGCGUCUGUCAAAAGUAACCAGUACAUCGAAGAGAUCUAAAGGAGGUCGAUCUACUCCAGUGCCAUCUUCCACAACACCAGAGUACGAUGAAGAAAUAUCCGACGUCAGUGAUUCCGACGAAGAAGAAACAAGAGGCCAAGAUGAAGAAGGCUAUAAUGAAGAUGAAUUAUCAUCUGAUGAAGAAUUCGCUGAUGAAAAUGCAGCUGAUAAAAGAAGACGAUUGGCUAAACAAUAUUUGGAAAACUUAAAAGCAACGGAAUUAAAUGAAGUCGAAGGCCAUGACUUCGAUGCCCAAGAUCUUGAUGAUGAUAUUUUGUCCAGAAGAUUACAAAGAGACGUGGCUGAGACUAAAGGGUAUGUUUACAAGUUCUUAGGUGAAAAAAUAUCCCACCAAUUUGACGAUCACAUAGAAUCUAUAUCCACCAGAAUUGGUUCCAAGAACUUAACAAGCAUGACCAGCCAUUAUCCAUAUUUAUACACAGUAUCCAAAGAUGCAGAAUUAAUUAAAUGGGAUAUAUCUGGAAGAAAACCUCAAAGAAUAAAGCAUGUUAAAGGGGGUAGCAAAUUUUUCAAAUUAAACACUGCCAAUGUUAAUGCUAAUCAUCAUUGGGAACAAAUCAACUGUGUUGCUGCUUCUCCUGAUGGGAAAUACGUUGUAACCGGUGGAUCAGAUUCUCGUUUAAUCAUUUGGUCAAGUGAAAAUCUUUCCUGUUUAAAAGUUUUGGAAACCAGAUCAGCAGUCAACUCGAUUGCCUUUAGAAGAAACUCGGACCAAUUAUUUGCAGCAUGUGCUGAUUUAAGAAUAAGGACAUACUCCAUCAACCAAUUCACCCAGUUGGAAAUUCUUUAUGGACAUCAAGAUGAUAUCACUGAUAUUUCUGCAUUGGCAAGAGAAACUUGUGUUUCUGUUGGUUCUAGAGACAAAACUGUGAUGUUUUGGAAAAUUGCUGAAGAAUCUAGAUUAACCUUUAGAGGAGGUGAUUCUGUUGAAAAGAAGAGGAAAAAGAAAAAGACCAAACCAGAAGAAGAAACUGUCGAGGAACAAGAAGAAUUGCCAUUCCAUCAUGAAGGAUCUAUAGAAGUUGUAAGCAUGAAUGAUGAAUCUCAUUUUGUUACUGGUUCAGAUAAUGGUAAUAUUGCAUUAUGGUCAUUAGCCAAAAAGAAGGCAUUAUUCACUGAAAGAUUGGCACAUGGAUUACAACCAAGGUUGUUACCUCAAGAAGCAAGUGCCGAAACUUCUCUAGAAAUUGCUGGCCAACAAGUUCCAGAACCUCAACCUUAUUCCAUAACUGCCAUUCAUGCCCUUCCUUACAGUGACAUCUUUGUUAGUGGUUCAUUCGAUGGUUCCGUGAAAAUCUGGAGAUUAGACCAAGAAGGAUUACGUUCAUUUAAGUUGAUUGGUGAAGUUAGCAAUUUGAAAGGUUGUGUCGUUAAGCUUGAUGUUGUUGAAGUACCAGACAAGAAGCAAAUUAAGGUAUUUGUCUUGUUAAGUAAGGAACACAAAUUUGGAAGAUGGUUAGACAAAAUUCCUGGAGGGAGAAAUGCAUUAGUUAAUUUCACAUUCGAUAUAUAG